AUGUCCCAAAGCAUCCGCAUCAUCCAGAUUCGUGCCGACGCUCAUGAACGCAGCAAACAUGGCGCCGCGCAAUCGCUCAGGAAACGGCCGGUCGCGACGGGGCGCUUGCCACGACGGCGCUUGCCGGUGGGUACCGAACCCGAGGCCGCAAACUCAACUGCACGCCGGGGUGCGCCUCUCCUGCUCGAGCCGACGCAAGAGACGCGAGCACGGACGGCGAGACGGUCACGGUCGGAGAAAAAGCGUUCUCGCCGAUCUGCGUCGCCACCAACGGUGCGGGUGCGGGUACGGGUGCGGGUACGGGUGUGA